GUUUGCCUAGUUGUGGUCAUCCAGCUUAUGAGUUAUGAGUAUGAUGAAGAUGGGUGAUGAUAGCAGUGAAGUAGUAGGCCGUUUCGAAAGGCGAAAUUUCUAAUAACUAAACAAACAGCGUCUAACGUCUUGUGUUGUAUUCUCCGCCUUCACACAUAUGAAAUGCAAGCUCUGAUUCACCAUUCCCUUUUCCUUCGCACCACUUCUUCUACGACUCCGCUCUCCGCCAUGGCUCCCUCCCUCGCUCUCCCUUCCGCUCCCUUCCUCGCCCCUUCCGCCGAUGCCGGAGCCACCCUCUCUCUCCCUCGAUCUAGGGUUUCCAUGUCCCUCUCCGCCGGAUCUCAGGCCUCCCUUCACAACGCUCUCUUCGCCGAUUACAAGGCCUCCACUUCCUUCCUCUUCCCCGGCCAGGGCGCCCAAGCUGUUGGAAUGGGGAAGGAAGCUCAGAAUGUGCCUGCUGCUGCGGGUUUGUUCAGCAAGGCCAAUCAGAUAUUGGGGUUUGAUCUUCUUGAUGUAUGCGUCAAUGGGCCCAAAGAAAAGCUUGAUUCGACUGUUAUUAGCCAGCCUGCUAUUUAUGUCACAAGUCUUGCUGCUGUAGAGCUGCUUCGUGCACGUGAAGGAGGCCAGCAGAUUAUUGACUCAGUUGAUGUUACAUGUGGUUUAAGCCUGGGAGAGUAUACUGCUCUAGCAUUUGCUGGGGCUUUCAGCUUUGAAGACGGACUCAAGUUGGUCAAACUAAGGGGUGAGGCCAUGCAGGAUGCUGCUGAUGCUGCUAAAAGUGCCAUGGUUAGUGUGAUAGGACUGGAUUCAGAGAAGGUCCAACAAUUGUGUGAUGCAGCCAAUCAGGAAGUUCCUGAAGCUGAGAAGGUUCAGAUUGCAAAUUUCCUGUGUCCAGGAAACUAUGCUGUCUCUGGAGGAUUAAAAGGAGUAGAAGUGCUGGAAUCCAAGGCAAAAUCUUUCAAGGCUCGAAUGACAGUGCGCCUAGCUGUUGCUGGUGCUUUCCACACUAGCUUUAUGGAACCAGCUGUGUCAAGAUUGGAAGCAGCAUUGGCAGCAACAGAAAUCAGAACCCCAAGAAUACCAGUCAUCUCCAAUGUGAAUGCACAGCCACAUACAGAUCCCGACACAAUAAAGAAGAUAUUGGCACGUCAGGCUACUUCACCGGUUCAAUGGGAAACAACAGUGAAGACUCUUCAAAACAGGGGUCUGAAGAAAAGCUAUGAACUGGGUCCCGGAAAGGUUAUUGCUGGAAUCAUCAAAAGAAUGGACAAAGGCGCUGAUGUUGAAAAUAUUGGUGCUUAAGAAGGCAAAAUGUACCUUGCUCCUUCUGCGGCUUCCAAUGAACAAAACUAAUAUAUAACAUUUUUUCAGAGCAAGGAGCAGCUACAUUCAGAUUUUAGUGCCAGUUUUGAAGUUAAAUUAUAAUUCACGAAUUGACAUUAUUAUGUACGAGUUAGAUAAGUGAUUGUACUCGGCCCUAGAAUUUUCUUUUUUUGUAAUCUUAUAAAAUGUGUCUUGGGAGUUAACUAAGCUCUAUGCUUCUCUGUACCAAACAUGGCUUUUACUUUUAGCCUUUACGUAGGCUUCACAAUAAUUGAAAGAAACAAUAUUUCCCAUA